CAAACUUCACAUCUUCUUCUUCACUUUACCAAAUCAUAUCCGAGCUUAUUGUCUUCUUCUUCUUCUUCCUGUUACUUUUGAAUAGCAUCUCUGAUUUUAUAAAGAUAAAAAAGUUUCUUUCUAGGAAAAGUUGGAUCAAUGAAUCAGAAUAUAAAAGAAUUAACAGUGGAUUCAUUACCAGUGGGACUGAGAUUCCGUCCAACGGACGAGGAGCUAGUCAGUUACUAUCUACGCAGGAAAAUCAAAGGUCACGAUGACGACGUCAAAGCCAUUCGAGAGAUCGAUAUCUGCAAAUGCGAGCCUUGGGAUCUACCUGAUUUUUCAGCGAUCAAAACAAAAGACUCAGAGUGGCUCUUCUUCUGUCCAUUGGACCGGAAGCACCCUAACGGAAGUAGACAGAACCGGUCAACGCUCGCAGGCCACUGGAAGGCCACUGGAAAAGACCGGAAGAUUAAAUCCGGCAAGAACAAGGUCAUCGGCGUGAAGAGAACUCUGGUUUUCCACUCUGGUCGUGCUCCUAAGGGAACGCGAACGAACUGGGUUAUGCACGAGUAUCGCGCCACCGAGCACGACCUCUGUGGCAUUAACCCUGGCCAGAGUCCGUUUGUUAUAUGCAAAUUGUUCAAGAAACAAGACCCGAGUUUAGUGGAAGAAGAAGAAGCUGUCUCGUCUCCAACAUCUUCCCUAGAUAAGACUAAAUCCGAAGUAUCAAUGGUCGCUGUGAAGCCUGAGUCUUCUCUUGUAAUCUCCGGUGAUUCUCGUAAUGGUGGUGCUUGCAAUGAGGCUACUACCUCCAAGCUUGGAGAUCUUGAUUGGCUGUCGUUUCCGGAGCUGGAGUCCAUGACAGUGUUCUCUCCAUUACACUCUCAAGUCCAGUCCGAGUUUGGAUCCUCUUUCAACGCGUUUCUUCAGCCUAGCUCUAGUGACUUCUCCGGGAACCAUAACAACAACAACUUCCAGAUUCAGACUCAGUACGGUACAAACGACGAAGAAGAUACAGAUGUAUCCCGCUUCCUCAAUUCGGUUCUUGAUUUCCAAGACGAUCAAGACUUUGUUUUUCCGUGUGAGUUCGACGGUGCAGUGCCAGAUCAGAUUGCACCAGCGUAUCAGCAACAGCGCUCGGCAGGUGACAUGAGCGAUGAUGUUUCAAGAACAGGUAUCAAGUUACAGCCUCGGCGUGAACAACCUGAGGGUGUUACCACUGACUAUGUAAUCCAUGGGAACGCCUCAAGAAGGUUGCGUCUGCAAACUAUCAAGAGAGAGGUUGAGGAUACGGACGGGGAAGCUAUAAAGAAGGGGAAGCUGAUGAGAUCAAAGAGCAGAACAAGAUUCUUGUUUAAGAAGAUUAUACCCGUGAGAUGUUCAUACGGAGGACUUCUUAGGGCGGCCGUUGUUGCGAUUCUGUUCUUGAUAUCAGUUUGCAGUCUAACCACAGACUUCAGAGCUUCACUGAUGAUCUGAAAACCGUAGAACCUUGUUGUGUAUAUUUGUUGUUGGUUUUCAGUUUUCACCUUAUCCGGGGCCAGUUUAUGAGGGUAACUUGUUGCGUACUGUAUAAUGUGGCUACUUCUUGACUUUGUAUCGGUAGUGUUCUUAUAUAGAUAAGGUUUUUGUU